AUGGGGACCAGGCUGAAAGCGAAAGCCUUCUGAGAGAGAGAGAGCAGCUCGACCUACAGUUCCAACAACGUGUCCAUCUCAUUUUCGCCUCAGUCGAUGUAUGCCAGGCGUCCUCUCCGCUCUGAGUUUCUUAUUUGGCAAUACUGUACACCAGGACAUCUCAAGUCAAAGGCCAUCCCAUACUGCAUUACUUGAACCAAAACGACUACGACCACUCCCAGUCAGUCCUCAGACAUCACCAUGGAGAAGUAUGAGAAGAUGGGGAAGAUCGGGGAGGGGUCCUACGGUGUGGUGUUCAAGUGCAGGAACAGGGACACGGGACAGAUCGUUGCCAUCAAGAAGUUUGUGGAGUCUGAAGACGAUCCCGUCAUUAAGAGGAUCGCUCUGAGAGAGAUUAGGAUGCUGAAGCAACUAAAGCACUCCAACCUUGUGAACCUGAUUGAGGUGUUCAGGCGUAAACGUAAGCUACACCUGGUGUUUGAGUACUGUGAUCACACCGUCCUCAACGAGCUGGACCGAUACCCCAGAGGUGUUCCAGAACAGCUGGUAAAAAGCAUCACCUGGCAGACACUCCAGGCUGUCAACUUCUGUCAUAAACAGAACUGCAUCCACAGAGACGUGAAGCCCGAGAAUAUCCUCAUCACUAAACAGCAGGUCAUUAAGCUCUGUGACUUCGGAUUCGCCAGGAUCCUCACCGGUCCAUGUGACUACUACACAGACUAUGUGGCAACGCGAUGGUACCGGGCCCCUGAGCUGCUAGUGGGUGAUACUCAGUAUGGAGCCCCUGUUGAUGUCUGGGCGCUGGGCUGUGUCUUCUCUGAGCUGCUCUCUGGCAUCCCGCUCUGGCCCGGCAAGUCAGACAUGGAUCAGCUCUACCUCAUCAGGAAGACACUGGGAGACCUGAUCCCCCGCCACCAGCAGGUAUUCAAUAAGAACCAGUUCUUUAGUGGAGUCUGCAUCCCAGAGCCUCAGGAAAUGGAAACUCUGGAACUGAAAUACCCCAACCUGUCAUAUCAAGCACUGAGUCUGAUGAAGGGCUGCCUGCGUAUGGACCCGUCGGAGCGGCUGGCCUGUGAGCAGCUUCUGGAGCACGCGUACUUCGACAGCCAACGGGAGGAGAGCGAGAGCACCGACCGCUCCACCAAGAAGAGGUCACGCCUCCUGCCCCGCAAACACCUCCCACCUGGGAUCUGUAAGGUGGAACUUGGAAGCAAUAAGGUGGAAGCUCCAUGCAAAUUGGGACCAGCUGUCAGAGAUGGCAAAAUGCUGUACAAACAAUUGAAGUAUUUGCCUCAGCUCACCAGCAGCAGUAUCUUCCCAGCUCUGGACAACAAGAAGUACUAUACCAACCUGAGGAAAUUUAACUACCACUUCCCUAACAUCUAAAUCCACCAUUUUGGAUCGGAAAUUCAACUACCACUUCCCUAACAUCUAGAUCCACCAUUUUGGAUCUGAAUGGUCCAGUCGCACAU